AUGGGGGAGUGUUUGAUGUAUGGUUUGGACCUGGAGUCUCGAUGUCUAGCAAGUGUCUUGAAUGAGGAUACCGUUCAAUUUCUGAUAGGAACGAACAAUAUUAAACUUGAUAAUCAGAUAUGUCUGUUAACUGUAGAGGAUAACUAUGCCCGAAUAUCCUCUCAAGCUUUUGUUCACAGUGCUGGCGAAAUACGGGCUAUAGCAGGCUCAUCGGAAGACCAUGAUAUGUUCGCAUGUAGCUCAGCAGAUUACAGGGAAACUACUCCCAAAUUUGGCCAUUCCAUUUAUAAAAUGAAUCGGGAACGUAACCAGUUAGACACCUUAGCUUCGACAACUUCCGAAUUCUGCCCGAAGAGUUUUGAGUGGGAAAGUCAAACUAACACUGGAAGUGCGUUAACUUCCAAAGAUUUGACACUGUUUGACAUGAACCAAGACUUGAAGGUUAUAAGGAAGCAACCGUUAAAUGACACUGUGAAUGCUCAGGCUUGGAGCCCACACAAUGGAGGUAGAGAUCUAGGAAUUGCAAUGAACUCUGAUGUACUUUACUAUGACUGCAGAGACUUGGAACGGCCAAGCUUCACUAUUGAGAACGCUCACGUUCAUAGAGUUCUUCAUUUGGAUUUCAAUCCAAACCUGCAAUAUGGCAUUGCCACUUGCGGAGACGACGCUGCUGUGCGAAUUUGGGACUCACGGAAAUUGCAAAAGCCUCUUAUUGUACUUCGUCCUCAUGCGCAUUGGAUCUGGCAGGUUCGAUACCAUCCCGUGCACGAUCAGAUUCUCUUGACAUCUGGCAGUGACGCGUGUGUGGUUUUGAAUUGCGUGCAGUCUGUGAGUAGUGAAGCUGACUCUCAGAAUACUGAAGAAGGUACGGAACGUUUGGAGGAUGGUGUACUCGAAACAAUAGAAGAACACGAAGAAUCUGUAUAUUCCUGUACUUGGUCUCAUGGCGAUGCAUGGACAUUUGCAUCUCUUUCUCACGAUGGAAGGGUGGUUGUUUCCAGGGUAAAGCGAGAACACAAAUAUGCUCUAAUGCAGUGGUGA